AGGGAGGGGGUGAUGCAACCGGCUGCCUCAGGGACGCGGGGCGCGGGGCACAGGCAACCCGCCGACGCUGCUGCAGCUCCUGCAAUCGCCGCUCCUGCCGCUCCUGCCGCCGCCGCCGCCGCCCGCGCCUCUCGCGCCGGUUACAUUAACACGCGGUUUCACACUCCGGAGCUAACCAGCGCGGGCCCCGCCCAGCCCUGCGCGGGCGGGGGACGCGAGCACCGAGCCGGCGGGCUACGUGAGCCCGGGCGGCCAGGAGGGGGAGCAGGAGGCGGCGUCAGCCAAUCACAUGCGCCGUGCCCAACGUGGGGUGCUGACGCGACCCUCCCCGAAGCCUAUGGUGGCGCAGCACUGGACGGGCCGCCCCCCUCCUCUCCCACUCCACUUGCUUCCAUCUCCGUUGUUUCCCCCGUCUCCCCUCCCGUCCCUCUCACCCCUCCUGCCAGCCGCGUCCUCCCGGGCUCGGUGAGGAACUGUUCCUGGAGGAGCCGCGGGACGCCGAAGCCAGCCAAUGGGAAGCGGCGAUACCCGGAGAUUGGCACUGUGGAUGGGAAGAUGGGCAAAGUGAGGCACAGAGAGGUUAAACUACAAGUGGGUUCUCAGCGCAUCUGUUGCUGCAGUGGUGGAUUUGAGCUGUAG